AUGGCGACGCAGCUUUCGGUCGACCAAGUCCUCCGUCUCACGGAACGUGAACUCAUCCAGUUUGUGAAGCAGAAUAUUACUAACGAAGGUGGCACAUGGAACAUUUCGAACAUCGUAGACUGGGAAGAUGUGUCCCAGGCCAAGAGCGAACUACUUUCCGAAAAGCUGCUAGGCUCGCCCGUACGGCAUACGACAACCCAGUCUCCAAGCCCCUCCAGAUCACCGACUGUCGAACCUACUGAGAACGCCACGCAAGACUACCAAACCAAGUGUUACCAAGCUCUCCUCGAUGACGGUUGCAGGCCGCUAUUCCCCAUCAGUCUUCUCCCGCAAGUUUCGGCGAAUGCGGACGCAUAUUACGACUUGCUGCGGCCAUGGACGAGAUACCCCGAUAUGUUGAGUCCAGAGGACUGGGAGGUGUUCUCCAGACAGCUGCGUCGCUGGAAGGAAUUUCGCACAUGGCAGCUGGGCAACAGGCGGCAGACGGUCGGGUUCUCUGAAUAUCUCGAUGAGCAACGGCGCGAGUUUGAGAGGAUGGGGGCCGCCGAGUUCGCAGCCCAGCCUAUUUUCGAGCAGACAGUACGCCAGCAGUGGGAGGGCGAAUAUGGCCAUGGUCAACAGCAGCCCGGCGGCGACGACGCGGAAGCUGUCUUAUCCAGGUAUGCUGAGGCCGCAAGGAGACUGCUUAUAGACUGUGGGUUCGUCCAGCCCUUCCAGCUACACCCAGACCCAAAGCAGCAGGACCAAUGGACGACUUAUGUUGAAUAUCUCGCGUUCGAAUGCUUCUGGCUUGGCCGGCUUGCCAGGUCCGCCCAGAAGCUACGACUGCAGCAUGACGCCGAGUGGGAGGGACUCGUCAAGGCAGAUGUGGUCAAGCCUCUCGGUGCGUGUGAUGAUCUAAGAAGUACAGAAGUUGAGGAUAUGCGAGGUCGGGAGCUUGAGAGGGCCGCGCGUGCAGCGCGCUCGUUCACGGCAGUUACGGGUACAACAGCCACGGACACGGCAGCGACUGACAUGGUAAAGGAGACGCGUACACAGCCGACAAGAAAACCGCGAGCACGUCGUGGUCAGCAACCACCAAGUCACACGCAGAAGAGCCUGCAAUCAUCCCAAAGUCCCAUCGACGACAUUGCUCGCAGGAACGAUCUCGUCAACGAAUAUGUCCACGAUACGCAGAAAUACCAGACAGCCAAGGCAGAAGUAGACUAUCAGCAACGCAGGGUUGAGUGGGUUCAGUCUGAAAUAGGUAAGAUCAUGGCAGAGCAGAGGGCGGCGGGCAAGAGUGGCAGCACGAUUGGGGCAAAAAGCAGGAAAAGAAAGCCGAUACAUGAUGCCGACCUGAAACCGCCUGUCGGGAAACACAAGCGGACGGAUGAGACGAAGGAGACGGUGGUUGAUGGCCGGAGCGACUACUCACGGACAACACGAAGCAAGAAACGCAAGCUCGCCACAGAUGAGGAAACGCAGGGACCACAGUUGAAGACAGAGGAGAAAGUGGCUGGCGAGAUUGACGGUCCAGGGACAAAAGCAGGAAAAGACAGAAGGGUUAGUACUAAGCUCGACCGGUGGAAGAACCAGGGAAAAUCGCUUCAUAAUACCUCUCUAUGCUCAAGUUUAGUCCUGCAGGAGAUAAGGCGCUGCAGAGCGAAGAAAAGUGGCAGAGUGCCACGUCGCAAGGCUGAGGGCUAG